AAAAGGAUAACGUUAAUGAGUCUUCAUUCGGAAGAUAAUCACCGACAACCGCGUCCAUGAAUCUAUAAAACUCAAGCUCCCUCUUCAAGAAUUUCCAUAUCUAGCAAUCUUCUGUUCCCCAAAAAUUCCCAACUUUGGUGUUCGUUUGGUGAGAAAAUUAAGCCUGUCGAAAUGGGUCUGAUUGUUCUUCCUUCUGUAUUGCUAUGGCAGAUUUUCUUCUUCGUUACUGUGAUGCUUGAGGGCAUUCAUUGCCAAGCUGGUCGUUUGCUUUACGCUCAUGCAACUUUCUAUGGAGCCAACCAGAGCCCCUCCACUCUUGGGGGAGCUUGUGGUUAUGAUAACACCAUUCAUGCCGGCUUCGGAAUCAACACGGCGGCUCUGAGUGGAGCACUAUACAGAGGCGGGGAGGCGUGCGGUGCUUGCUACCAGCUGAUGUGCGACUUCAAGGCUGAUCCAAAGUGGUGUCUCCGCCGUGCCACUGUGACUGUAACAGCCACCAAUUUCUGCCCGCCGAAUAACAACGGCGGGUGGUGCGAUCCCCCUCGCCAACACUUCGACAUGUCCAUGCCUGCUUUCCUGCGCAUUGCUCGACAGGGCAAUGAAGGCAUCGUUCCUGUCCUCUAUCGAAGAGUGGCGUGCAAGAGGAGAGGGGGCGUCCAUUUCACAUUGAGGGGGCAGUCGAAUUUCAACCUGGUGAUGAUUUCGAACGUGGGCGGCAGCGGCGACGUGAGGGCUGCAUGGGUGAGAGGGUCAAGGACAAGGACGUGGGUGGCCAUGCAGAGAAACUGGGGGGCAAACUGGUCAACCAGCAUCGAUCUUCGAAACCAGAAACUCUCUUUUAAGAUCACCUUGGUCGAUCAGAAAACUCUUCUGUUCUUCAAUGUCGUGCCUUCGUCCUGGAGAUUUGGCCAGACUUAUUCUUCCAAGAACCAGUUCUCCACUUAAUUAACAUUUAUUUAUACAGUAAUUACUAAUUAAUUAAUCAGCAAUAUGUCCAAGAACUGUGUUUUUAUGUGUUCUGUUCUGGACAUAAUUUAGUACUUCUAAAUUAUUUGUAAUUUUCAUAAAUAGAUGGCUCCUAAAACUGGGAGAAAAUUCUAUA